CUGGCCCACACUCGAACUGACCGAGGCCGAGGUCGCUGGUCUCCCACCGAAAUGCAUCGCCAAGCUUUUCAACCAGGACAAGGGCACGUACGAGUUCAAGUUGAAACCGAGCGUGUUUGAGCAGUUCAUGAACAAGGCGACCGACAAUGCAGUCAGGGAACGGGUUUACAAGGCUCAUCUCGAACCCCUCCUCGCCAUCGGAUACAACUAUGGUUACAAGUGGUACAAGCUGCAGUCAGAGGCGCGAGCGAACGAAACCUUGGGGGACGGGCUGGUCAGCGGAACCGGAUUGCAUGACUGUGCCGAGCUGCUCGACCUUUUUGCCGCGAUCAAUCGAGGAACGAUGGAUUCCUUGUUGUCCGAAACGGCUCGGAUUAGAGCCUGUGUUGGGGGGAGCUCAUCGCCGGAAGGUCAACUCGAACAGUUCCAAUCGUGGCAAACCGAGUGGUACACGUCACGCUACGAAGCACAAAUCAACGGCAAGCUGGGUGUCUCGGCGGCUUCGAUCCGCUGUUGCGAAUGGCCUCAAGUUCUGGACGGCCUCAUGAAUCUAGCUGGCGGGCUAUUCGGAUGCCGCUUCGCUCGGGAUGACACGACUCCCGAUGGUCAGGCAGCCAAUGCUGCUUUCGAGAUCUGGCACGUUUACGAUGCACUCGAAGGCGAUGAACAAGGCGCUGAACUGGGACGGAUCUUUAUCGAUUUCGCUACGAAGCGUCGAAGCGGAGGCUCGCAAUCAAACACCAGCCGCUUCAUGCCGGUCCUCACUCCGGCUCCGUUGGGCAGCUCGAAAGCCCCGCAGGUGUUGUGGACCGUGUCACAACCGGUCACUCGGUUCUCGGUCACGGGCGUGCGCGUGUUGGCGUCGGAUCUGGGGAGGAUCAUGGAAACGCUCUUCGCUCUGGCUAUCGACCCGACCUAUACGCCACCCGCACUUCAAGAUGAUUCCCAGCCUAGCCUAUCGGCUUAUAUCAUGAGAAACCUCUCGUUCGACGGCAAGACGCUCGACGACAUGUUGAAUCCCGCUGCACGAGCUCAGGAUAUGGGCAGGAAGAUGAGGCGGUCCGCUGUGAUAUCCCUGACGCAAUGGAUUCGCGCGUAUUUUGCCGAGACGCACGCUCUUGUGGCGGCUGCCCAUGCAUUCGACGUCGAUCGUUCUUUAUCGGAGAACGUUUUCAUCAAGUCUCACGCCGAAGCCGCUGCUUCGUGGGGGACUCACGUACCGUUGUCUUGCCGCCUUCCGCAAACCAUCAUGCGAGGAGGUCAAUCCUGGCCCGGUCUCGUACGUCGCAGCUGCUUGAACGUCACCAACCAGGUCCUUGCCGCACAAUUCGUUGCCAGGGUCCUGCCCGGCGGUCUCGAAGCCGGUUUCGACCAAGAUCUUGUCGGGCACUAUCGACAGUUCCUCCGGCAUCAAUUCGGGACGAACCGAGAAGGCAGUCGGCGUGCAUUGUUGAACGUGAUCGGGGGUUCCCUCGAUGCCGAAGCGCUUUGUCGACGAUUCGCAAGCGAUGUGAAGGUCUUUGACGAGGAGGAAGACGAGAGGGCGAGGGUGUUGAGGCCGAUCGUCCUCAGGCUGAUCAAGCGACGGGCUGAACGGAAGCAAGGGACUUCGGUGGCCGAAUAGGUCUAGUCUGUCUCCCGGUUCCGAGUUGGCUCUAUGAAAUUGUAGAACACCUUUUCUUGUAUCGAGACGGAUCUUCAUUCUCUCUCUA